AUGAGUCAACCCACGACUUCCGUUCAGGUCGCCGCAGAGAGUGAAGGUAAAUUAUUUUCUGAAAAAAAAUGCCUUUUUUCAGGUCUUGAAAAGAAAUUGUUCUUCCGGAAGCACGUGUCUUUCCUUGCGCGACACUUGAAAGUUUUCCCGGAGGCUUAUAACACUCUUGAUACUAACCGGUAUGCAUUUUCAUUUUUACUUUUAUCAAAAUGUAAAACUUUGCGCAAAAAAACAGUUCAGUUAUGAAAAACCUGAAAAUUUAACUUCAUUGCAAGAACAUUUUUACAGAACAUAAGAAAGUCUUUUUAGAAUUUUUGAAUAAAAAGAAAAUGGUUUAAAAUUGAUGAAAUUUCACUUUUUCCUCGUCAAAGUACCGUACAAUUGUUCCUUUUCUUCAAGUUGUUAUCGUUGGCCUUCUGAGAGUCUCCAAAUCAGUUUUUACCUGCAGAAAAUUUUGUUUGACGUCAGUUUCGCCUUGUUACGUUCUUCUCGAAAAAAGAAAAAGGAAAAUAAACCGAAAGUGAUUAAAGAGUGAUAAAUUCGAAGAAGAUCAUCAUCUACUUUAACAUAAUUUAAAUAUUAAGAAAUAAAAUAAUUUAAAGAAUUUUCAAAUUUUUUUUUUCAGAAGAAAUCAUAAAACGAAGGAUUUUUCAAUAACCGAAAACAACCGACUUUGCAUAUUUCAUAAUUUAGAAAAUGUUAGAAUCGACAUAUAUGUUUUUUUUUCAGCAUCACAUUAUUGUUCUUCGCCCUAUCAUCCCUCGACGUAAUCGGAGAACUCGACGAGUUGAUCGAUUCGAAUCGCCGGAAAGAGUACAUCAAGUGGAUCUAUAACCUGCAGAUUUCCACUGGUAACUGA